GUUUGAGACUCCUGGCUCCUCGUCACGGAACUCGUGAUGGAUGACGUCAGAAGCGAGAAAAUAGCUAAAAAUUCUUGUAAAGAAAAGAUGAUCCAUUAAAUGACACUCGCAAUCGAUCGAACAGACUUGUGUAAAUAGUCCGAACACUUUCUUUUUGUUCGAACGAUCAAUAAAUAUAUCUGAAAUUAAUGUGACCACGCAAUCCUCUUUAACCUACCUUUUCCCGUGACUGUCACGUUAAUUUUACGGCUAUUUAUUGAUUGUUAGAGGAAAGUGUUCGGGACUAUUUUACGAGUCUGCUUGAUCAAUUGCAAGUAUUAUUUCAUAAACAUUUCAUUUUAUAUUUCAACGUAUUUUGUAAGAAUUUUUAACGUGUAUUUCCUCGCUUCUGACGUCAUAAAUCGAGUUGGCUGCGGCGAGAGACCGCGAGUCUUAAGUAUUUUUUGGCGAAAUGAACCGCGACCUGAUUUCUCUUCAACAUGCUUCAUUAUACGCCCCUCCUUAUCGACUGUCUCAUUCAAAUAAGUACCGAGUUGAUGAUAAGAAACGCUAUCAUUGGACACGGAGAGUACGCGAGAACACACGAAGUCGUCGUCUUCGUCGUUGUCAUCGUCGUGGAUCUACCUCGCGUGUUUGCCGUGUCAAGUUGACUCAGGUUUAAUGGCAGUCGGACAAGAUUGGAUCGAUUUAAUGGGCGCGGUGAAGUCGCUUUCCGUGCGAAAAGCGCGGAAGAAAGACGAGAGAGCGCGGUACCGCGAGAGAAAUCACGUUCUCUUCGCAGCGUGCAGAUCGAGCAUUCCGAGAAGUGGACGAAAGUGCAGGAAGAGCUGCCGGCAUAGUCCCUUUGAAACUUCGUUUCGCGUCGCGACAGUGCUUGCGGGAAAUUUUCUUUAUCUGUAUUAUAGGACCCGACGAGCGUCGCACGCAAUCGAAUCGCGAAACGAAUUCGGCGCGAAAGGCGUGCGCGCGCGCGCGCACUCUUGCGCCCGUCGCGGCGCCUCGGUUGAGCGCCUCCUGGUGUUGACGGUGGUCGGCGCGGUUGUGCUGCUCGUUGUCGUCGGUCGGCCUGCUUGGGCGCGCGGCACGACACUCAGCGCGGUAGGAUGCUGCUGGUUCGGAGCGAGCGCUGGACCAACGAGCGAGCAGCGAACGGCUGAACGGAAGAACGCGCGACCGCACGAGGUAUCUUCUCGUUGCUCGUCCUCGCGGCGGCGAGUGUAGUCUAAAUCUCGGGUCUGGACGGCGAGUCUUGUGCGCGCGCGCGUAUAAGGCGGCGACAACGACUUCGUGCGGUUAAGGAUACUCGGUUCGCGGGUGAUCGCGCCACGCUUCUCCUCGAUGACGAGGUGAGAUGUCUCCACGGACGACCUUGGUGUACGCGCGACCACAUUCGCGCCUAUGAGCUGCCCGUGACCGGCUUCGUGCGUGUGUUCCCAUGCUACCCGAGGACACGCCGAGCGAUUCGUAAGGUAUAUAUCACCGCAAGAUACAUUCAACACGACGACGACGACGGCGACAGUCGUCCUCGCCUUGAUACCAAUCGCGGUGAUUGAAAUACGGUGAUAUACGGUGUGGUGCUCCUAAUGCUUGAUAUCUCGAUGAGGCUUACGUCGUCGACGCCGUCGUCGUCGUCGUCGCCGUCGUCGCCGCCGUCGUCGUCGUCGUCGCCGCCGUCGUCGUCGCCGUCGUCGUCGCCGUCGUCGUCGUCGCCGCCGUCGCCGCCGCCGCCACCGCUGCCGC